GCUGUUCGUGGUAGCCAGCGUCGUGUUUGUUUGCUAACCGCUUAAUUUGUUGACUAUUACAUUUACCGAAAUUUGUGAAAGGGUCACGUAUAAUUUUUAAAUGGGAGGUCUUCAGAAGAAAAAGUUUGAGAGGGGCUCUGCCACCAACUACAUCACCAGAAACAAAGCUCGUAAGAAGCUACAGCUGAGCCUCCCAGACUUCAGGCGACUGUGCAUCCUCAAAGGUAUCUACCCUCAUGAGCCCAAACACAAGAAGAAGGUGAACAAAGGCUCUACCGCCCCAAGGACCUUCUACCUGCUCAAAGACAUCCGCUUUCUGCUGCAUGAGCCAAUUGUUGGCAAGUUCAGAGAAUACAAGGUAUUUGUACGCAAACUUAAGAAGGCUUAUGGAAAAACAGAAUGGACUGCUGUGGAGAGACUGAGGGAGAACAAACCGACCUACAAACUGGACCAUGUCAUCAAAGAAAGGUACCCCUCUUUCAUUGAUGCUCUCCGUGAUAUCGACGACGCCCUCUGUAUGUGCUUCCUCUUCUCCACCUUCGCCCGAACAGGAAAAUGCCACGUUCAGACAAUCCAGCUGUGCAGACGCCUUACGGUGGAGUGGAUGAACUAUGUGAUUGCAUCUCGCGCUCUCAGAAAGGUUUUCAUCUCCAUCAAGGGAAUAUAUUACCAAGCUGAGGUGUUGGGACAGCUCAUUACAUGGCUGGUGCCAUAUCAGUUCUCUCAUGAUCACCCGACAGAUGUCGACUACAGAGUAAUGGCAACUUUCACAGAGUUCUACACCACUCUCCUCGGGUUCAUCAACUUCAGACUCUACCAUUCCCUCAACCUGCUCUACCCACCAAAGCUGGACAUUAAAGCAGAGGCAGAGCUGAAGGAAGAGAAUGAUGACGACUACGCUAUGGAUUCAGAAAGCUACUUAGAGAAACUGUCAGCUCUGAGUGCCAGUCUGACACGGGUGGUUUCCAGUGCAGAGGAGGAGGAGGCUGAAGUUGACCAGUUUCCUGCUGAAGGGGAGGACAUUGAAAACUUGGAGGCCAGGGAAAAGGAACAGAAACAGCUGGAAGCUCAGAAAAAGCUCUUUGAUGGGAUGAAGUUCUUCCUCAACAGAGAAGUGCCCAGAGAGUCGCUGGCAUUUGUCAUCAGAUGUUUUGGUGGUGAGGUGUCCUGGGACAAGUCAGUUUGCAUCGGCAGCACGUACGAGGUGACGGAUGAAACCAUCACGCAUCAAAUUGUUGACAGACCCAACAUCGACAAACAGUAUAUCAACAGGUACUACAUCCAGCCCCAGUGGGUGUAUGAUUGUGUCAAUGCUAAAAUCCUCCUGCCGGUGGAAGACUACUUUAUUGGAGUUACUCUACCCCCCCACCUCUCUCCCUUCGUGGAGGAGAAGGAUGGAGACUAUGUGCCCCCCGAAAAACUGAAGAUCAUGGCCUUACAACGCGGAGAAACACAAGCCCAGGAGGAGGAGGAGGAGGAAGAGGAGGAAGAAGAAGAGGGCGAGGAGGGUGAGGAUGAAGAUGAGGAAGAUGAUGAUGAAGGGGAAGAUGAUGAAGAAGCAGAAGAAAAGAAUCUGAAGAAGAUGGAAGAACAAAGAUCCCAGGGCAAGUCUCUUGCAGUCAAAGUGACACCUGGAAAACUGAAGGCAGAAAACCCAGCCCGCUUGGAGCAGGAGGAGAAAGCAGAAGAGAAACGUCUGGCUAUCAUGAUGAUGAAGAAAAAGGAAAAGUACCUGUACGACAAGAUCAUGUUUGGAAAGAAGAGAAAAGUCCGAGAGGCAAACAAGCUGGCUGCCAAGAGGAAGGCCCACGAUGAUGCUGAAAAAUCAAAGAAGAAAAAGGCCAGAAAAUGACUCAUUUGAUGAUGUGUUUGUCACACUGACUUUAUGUAUUUAAAUUCAUAAAGUAGAGUGUUUUACAGGUUGACAUGUCAUGAAAUCUGAGUGCAUCAAAAAGCUCUGUGAGUGAAUUGCAUUCAUCAUGACGUGGGUGCAUCGACCUCUGCAUUUUUUCAAGCUGAAAUGCAGGAUGUGACAUAUGCUAUUGUGUAAUAUUUAAUGUAAAAGUGACUGUCUUUAUGUUUGUAUGAACUCUUCUACAUUACACAAUAUAAUUCAUCCAUUUUAUUUUAAAAUCUGUGCUUGAAACGGUCUGUCUUUUAAAGUAAAAGCAAGUAUUAAACCUA